AUGGCUUGGGUUUAUAUCUUAGCCCUGAGUUUUGAGCCUCCUAACCGGACUCGCAGUGCGGUAUAUCCAACUAGCGACACGAAGAAGCUUACUCCAGAGAAGACACAUGGAUACGUGAAACUGCCGCUAUCUCGCGCCACGAUUGCUCCACCGAUUGGAGGACUGGUGAGCGUGGCGAUAGAGGCAAUGGACACGAUCAUUCCCAUCCGGUACCCGAGCUCCUUCAUUGGGGAUACGGCGGCUAUCAAUGGUAACCCGAGUCCUAUUCCGGCACCAGAGCUGAUUCCGAAUAAAGCUGCAAAUGCAAAUAUGCCACCCGUACUCCUGCCUGGAAGCCAGAGCGCCAGCACGAGUAUAGCUGAGAAUAGUGUCACUAUGAUCAUGACGUUGAAUCGCCCAAUGCGAUCGCCAAUAUAG